AUUGUUAUCAACAUCUAUGCUAUUCACAUUCCUGUCAUUUAAUUAUGUUUUGUUGUUUUUUUUGGGGUUAGUGACUUCGUAAUUUAAAUUUUAAUUUAACUUCAUCACUCUUCCACAAUAACAAAAAUGAGGUCGAAAAGUGGCUUGUUUGGGUGUGCAGAGUGCGACGUGGGAAUGCGCUCCACGCCGAAGUGAAAAGUCCCAGCGUGCAGCUCUGCUUCCUACUAGAGAAAGACCUCGGUAAGCGCGCGGGCGAUGGCCGGGGACUGCCGGAACUGCGCCGCCGGCAUGCUUCCCCCCACCCCGCUGGGGCUGGACGCACUGUACUCGCUGUGCCGGAGCGUCUACCCCGACCAGGACAACCCCCUGCAGGUGACGGCGCUGCUCAAGUACUGGCUGGGCGGACCGGACCCCCUGGACUACAUCAGCAUGUACGGGAACCCCGGGGCGCCGGAGCGCGGCGUCCCCUCGCACUGGCACUACGUCAGCUAUGGCCUGUCCGACCUCCACGGGGACGGCCGGGUUCACGACGUGUCGGGGCCCGACGGGCCCAGCGGCUUCGGCUUCGAACUCACCUUCCGGCUGCGGCGCGAGCCGGGGGAGUCGGCCCCGCCCACCUGGCCGGCCGCCGUCAUGCAGGCGCUCGCCAAGUACGUGUUCCGGUCGGGCAACGUGCUGCGCGCGGGCGACCACGUGUCGUGGCACUGCGCGCUGGACGGCAGCGAGUCCCGCAUACAGCACAUGCUCAUGGCCGAGGACCCCCAGCUGGGGGCCGCCGGCACGCCCUUCGGCACCGUCCACUUCGUGCAGAUCGUGGGCGUCUGCACGGAGGAGCUGAGGGCGGCCCAGCACUGGAACGGCUCCGGCGUGCUGGAGAUCCUCAGGAGGCUCCCGGAUGCCGGGGGCCCAUGGCUCAUCACGGACCUGCGUCGAGGCGAGAGCAUGCUCGAGGCGGACCCCGCCGCCCGGGAGGAGGUCGUCCGCGGCAUCGAGACGGAGGGCUCGAACCUCAGCGGAGUCAGCGGCCGGUGUUCCUGGACCCGGCUGGACGGAGAGCCCGGGUUCACCCGACCGUCGGACGACGGGGGGCUGCUGCGGGAGGGCCCCCCGACCCGGCCGGACGCUUCCGACCUGCCGCAGAUAUCGCAGCAGGACUCCCAGCAGAUCAAGACCGCCCUCAGGAAGGGCUUGCUGAACACCAAGCCGGUACUGCCACCGAUCGGGAAGCUGCAAGACGUGAAUGAGAACGAAGACGAUCGCGUCAAGAAGGAAACGCCGGACGAAAGUGUCUGCAGCAACCCGGAAGCGUUGGACUCCACGGAACUGUCGGUCACCAAAAACUUCGAAGGCCUGCACCUGACCUUCAACCUGGAGUCCGGCAGCUUGCUGCCGCUCGCGAUAAAGGGUCGCGUGAAGCACGGCCGCCACUUCACCUUCCAGUCCGUGCUGGGGGACACGGCGAUAACCUUGGUGGCGUCGGGCGUGACGGGCGCGCUGGUGAGUCCCGAGCACCCCUACGUGGCGCGCGGCAGCUGGCUGCAGGUGCUGGUGCCGGACGAUCUGGCCGAGCAGAUGGCCGGCAGCUUCGAGCGGCUCGGGGGCUUCGAGGACCUCGGCGCCCAGGCGUCCCCGCUCGACCUGCCCACGGUGUUCUUCUGGCCGGACCACAACCUCAGGGUCACCAUCCUCGAAGACAAGCUAUGAGAGUUUCUUCCACCCAUUAUUUAUGUUACGAGCUGGUGUUACACUGUAUAAGAACUUUCUCAAGGGUCGCUGGUAGACUAUGUGAAUCAAAGAGUGUAUCAAAAAUUUAUUUUACGUGUGCUGGAAGAAAUAAAAAAAUAAUUUAAUUUUUCUAUAGUAAUAAUAUAUUAAGAUUACUAACUUUUUAUUGCUUGCUUGCUUGGUUGGGUUAGACUUUUUCAUUUCAGUAAUACUGAAAAAGGAUGUCACAUGAUAUACCUGGUCCUGGAAGUAACGCUGUAAUUCUUUCCAGGAAAGAGCGCUAAUCAAAAAAAAAAUUUUCCCCAUAAAAGUGCAUCUCAAUCAAAAUUAAUACGUUUUCUGAUCAGGUAAUUGUGUCUGCACUACCAUUUCAGUUCAGACACUGUUUCUGUUAAUAUUAUUUUCCAGUACAAAUAUAUGUCUAAUUAUAUUGGAAGUGAAUUGAAAUAAAUGUUAAGUGCAUUUUGAGUGUGAACAAACUAAAAUUUAACAUAAUUAAUUCAUUUAUCACUUUGUUUACAUAAUAUUGCUGGAGGUAUAGCAUUCCUAAGUAGGUGAUAACAACAUUUCUGAGUUACAAAAUAAUAAUGUUAUUAAUUCAGUUCUAAUAAGAACUAAAAAAAAGCAUAAACAUAAGGUUUUCUAUUAUUAGAAAGAUUAUUGAAACUUUUGGCCUAAUUCCCAGCUCUGUUUAUUAAACGUGUCUGCCAUUAUUUACCGCUAGUGCAUUUGCCACUGGCACAUCCUAGAAGGUGCGAGGUAAACUAUCCCUGAAAGCUUCUAGCUUUACUCUUUAGAGAUGCUGCUGACGUAACGAGAUGGCAUAAAAUAUUCUUUGGCUGAACACCAACUGGUUGUGCCUUGUCACCAGCUGGUUGUGCCUUGUCACCAACUGUUUGUGCCUUGUCACCAACUGGUUGUGCCUUGUCACCAACUGUUUGUGCCUUGUCACCAACUGGUUGUGCCUUGUCACCAACUGGUUGUGCCUUGUCACCAACUGGUUGUGCCUUGUCACCAACUGGUUGUGCCUUGUCACCAAUUGGGUGAGCCUUGCCACCUAAUGGACGUGCAUGUGCACAUGGAAAAUAAAAUUCACGUGAAAGAAAACAGUGCUACUUCAAAUCUAUGACCACACUACUUCCAUUCAUGUCAUAAUUUAUUGGCGUCGUUACUUAAAAAAACACUCUAAUCAAACUGCAUUUCUUCAAGGGACAGGUGUACUCUAAUGAAACAGAACCCAAUAUUGUAUAAACAAAAUUUAUAUUUCCUCAAAAUAAUUAAAAGUGCAAUCUUAAACAGUGUAAUACCAGCUGAAGUGUAUGAGUGUAAUGUUAUGUAUUCUGUAUAUUUUUGUAGUUCCUUUGCAGAACAGUCUUUUCUUGGUUUACUUUUAUACGUCCAUACAAUGAGGUGUUUUAUACCUUUGUAGGAUACAAAUUUUUAAGUUUUCUGUACACAACCAAUGUAACUUUAGUUGCUGUGAGACUAUCUAUACAAGUCCACUUAUUUAUGUAUAUGUAUUACAUGUUUAGAAAGCUUUAAAGUUAUACUUUUAAUUCGAAGGGUAUGAUAUAAAGUUUGUUUUAUGAACUUUCUCACACUUCAGUAUUUUUGCACCAAAAAUAUUAUCCAGCAGAGUUUUUUUUUUUUUUUUUUUUUUUUUUUUUUUUUUUUUUUUUUUUUUUUUUUUUUUUUUUACCACAAAAUGUAACAAACAUAAUUGCUCAAAGUGAAUGUGCCUUGUGAUUUUUAGAAAGUUUUACAUGGCAGCUGUGCAUAGGAGUGGUUGGUUUUGGGUUGAAUCACUUCCCAGCGAAGCCAGGUAGUUGUGUUUCUGAUCCAAUCAGAUUGCAAAUCUAGACUAUGUUUUUCUCAGAAACUCAACUGACUUUUUAUUUUUAAAGUUGUUCUUUCUGUAGUCUUUAACCAUUAUGUAAAUAAAGCUUACUUCAUUUAUGUAAUUUCAGGAUGUGUUGAACCUAGUUCUUUAAUUGGUAGGACAGCUAACCUUUAGUCAAUCAAUAGCCAUUCAUAUUUAAAAAAAAAAAUUGUGUGUGAAUUUCAUUUUCUAGUUUUGUCCGUAUGGACUAGGAAGAAGUUUAAUUGCACAUAUGUAGAAUCACGCCAUUUUGUAAUGCCAAUGUGUGUUGGCAUUGGUUAUGGCUGUUGUUUUAAUUUUUUUUUGCUAGAUUAUGGUCACGAUGACUGAGUGGUCGCAUCACUCGCCUCCCACCUUGACUGGGUCGAUCUUGGUUUUUUCACAAGUGGGAAAUGUAGUGGGCGUUGCUGUGGUCAGCUGGUUUACUCAGGGUACUACUGUUUCCACCCGCCAAUUCAUUCCAUCAUUGCUCAUUAGCAUCUCGUCACCUUUCACCAUCUCUCAAUGGCCUUGCUCCCGACAAGAAGUUCAGUUCGAUACGUUUUAUUUUGCUUGAUUGUGGCAAGCGCUGCUAUGUACAGCCAAGGCAGUCACUUCGUUUGUGUUACUCGAAUAGUGAUUAUUUCAACCACAGCUCUGCCUUGCCGUAAGAUAGGGUUCCACAUGUCGGAUAACCCUCGGAAACAAAAACUGAAAAUAACUUGGUAUUAUGCAGCAUGGUUCUCCUCUUUGCAGUACAAAAUCCUGUUUUAUUGCAAUGAACGAUAAUUGCCAGAGGUAGCUGAAUUGCAUGUUUUAUCUAUUUAACUAAGGGCAUGUGUACCAUUUUAGCUCAUUAUUUAUUACAUAUUUGAAACAAAUGAAAACUGUAAGCCUUUGAAGUUUUUAAAAAAAAAAAAAAAUUGUUAAACAUUUCGACCGCAUAGUAAAAAGAAAAUUUUUCUGAAAGAAAUUCUUAUUGAAUUUAAACUUGAAAAGUUUGAGUCCAGUGAUCCAUUUACGUAGUCUUAUUCUUAGUCACCUAUGCUGUGGUGUUUGGACUUGUACAUCUAAUUAUACAAAAAAAUAUGUGACCUUUUUUUUUGUUUCGUUUCUUGUAAUUUAUUUAUUUAAUAAGUAUAAAAGCUGAAUAUUAUGUUCAUAUAAAUAUUAAAUACUUGCCUGAAAGGUGAUGUACUUUCUUAACAUGUAAAACCGUAUCUUGGCGCAUGUGUGGGUUGUGAGUAGUCAGGGCAGUUAAGAAUCUCAUACGGGUACUGACUGGGUGCGUGGGUGACACAGGUACUUUUUUUUUUGUUAUCGUAAAUCUUAAAUAGAAUUUUUGAUGCAGGACGAACUGAUUGUAUUCCAUCUACGUAUUGGACUGGUGUGACAACGAAGUCAGGUUGUCACACAAAAAUCUUGUAGCUGCCUGCGUUAUUCUCUAGCGAUUGCAGUUACCCGCUGCUCUGCCUCGAAUCUCCCAGCCUUCCUCGAGGAGAGACCAGCCCUUUUCUCUCUCGGUUCUCAGGGGGGACAUGGGUCUGUGGGAAUGAUGAUGGAUAUUUAUCUAGCAAGUAAGAGUUUUUUUCUGGCAGUUAUUUGUGAUAAUGCAGUCAAUUCUUUGUAGUAAGAGCAGAUUUCAACCAUAAAAAAUCAUUUCAUAAUGUAUUUUUACUAGAGUUUGUUAUUUAGGUACUUUUUAUUCUUUUCCUCUUUCAAAAAAAAUUACUUAUUUAAUAGGGAAUUCACAUUAAUUGUGGAAAUUCUUGGUUAAAAUAGUCAGAUUUUCUCUAGGUUAUAGUCUCGUGUUUUACACUGCAAUUAGGUUCCUUGUGUGUGAACUUUAGUAAAAUGUUAAUUUUUUUGGUGCUUGUUGUCAUUAUUUUAGGUUAGCUGUUUCCUUCUCUGGAGGCAUUGUAAAGAGACAGUAUUUCAUUUUGUAAUGGAGUAGUUUAUAUUUAUGAGUAUGAAACGUAAGAUGCAAGAGUAUUUAUCGGCAACACUUAGAGUACAGUUUUUGAGCUACUGACCCAACUUACGCCUGAAUUAAAUUUUAAUUGUUUUUUCUUAGAAACAGACCAUGAAAUUUCAAGUCUAAAUUGAUGAUUACUGUAUGUGGUUAUGUAAGUCCAUUUGUUGAAUAACAGUUGCAUGAUUUCAUGUAUUAACUAGAAACUGUACUACAUGUUUGUAUUACAAUUUUGGCCAGGUAAAUAAAUUCCUACCAAUUUAA